AUGUUAAUUUGUCUAGUUGGGAGCCUAACAAGUAACAAGGACUUGCCUGUCUGGAUUCUCAAGGCAAAGGCAAGACAUCCUGUGGUGCUCCUCAAGAAAACAAAAAAUAAAGUGAGAAUCUUUUUGGUUUUUGAUUUUGAGGUCUAUGGGGAUAGAUGGAUAAGUCUAUGGUACUGUGAACUCUCAAACGAGGAGGAGAGAUUUCUGCCGAUGAUGGUUAAGCUUUGUAUGAUGGCUUCUCAUGGGUAUCCUUCUGCUUCUGCUGUUGUUUUUCACCAAGGUCAGAAAAGGGUUAUCAAGUUUCAUGCUUGCUUUGAGGUUCUAGUGUAUCCAUUGAGAGCGGUGCUUAGAAGCCGCGCUGUUGGUUCCAGAGAUAUAAAGCCUUUACUAUCUGGCCAUCUGCAAACGUUGAGCAGCCUGCAGCCACUUCACACAAUAUUUUUUCUUAGAAAGAAUGCGGAUUGUCAGCCUUAUUUACCCAGUCAGGGAGCAAGACAAGAGAUGACAAGAUCGAAUUCUCUUAUGCUGAAAUUACACCAGCAUGAGGAACCGUGGAGACCCAUGAAUAGGUUCUGUGAGUUCCAUUUUGCUGAGAUCGACUCAACAGUUAAAACACCUACACUCAUUGAUGUGCAAGAUGCUCGCCCAGACUCAGUCCUUUUCAGCUUUGGGAUAGUUGAAAAAUGCACAAGACAAGAAAAGAUCUUGCAGUUUCUUAUGUCUGAGUCCAAUAAAUUAGAAACAGACGGAUUGGAUUUAUCUUUACUGUCUGAGUUGAUGGGGCUUCAAGCAGUGAUGUUUGAUGUGCAACAGCAGUCACAUUCUCCUCUUAUUUACCCAAGCGGCCAACUUGAUGCCCCAAAAUCUCUAGUUGACUUUGUGGGAGAUAUGGCCCGUAGUUCAAAACUUACAGUUCUUCCUGAUGGUCGAGUAUUGCUAACUGGUAAUGGGACUGAGAUGAAGGAUAUCCUCGCUACUGUUGCUGAGUUUUACUUGUCAAAAAACUCAACUAUGUGGAGAAAGCAGCCAAUGCUCGUCCCGGAAUUUAGCAGGUUUGAUACAAGUGAAGUAGAUGGUAAUAGUACUGAGUCUUCUUUCAAGGUCAGAGAUAUGACAGUGGCUACUUUGAAGAGACUACGGUUUGUAUGGAGAGUUUUGGAUUGUAGCAAAACUGCAGGGAGUCCUAUGAAAAUCAAGCCAUCCCGAAAGAAGAAGAAUGCUAGAAAGGGAGGCAGAGAGAGGGAUCUCUACAAAAGGAACUACUUCCAUGCAUGCGAGAGCCUUCUAUCCUUGAUGAUGAACAAGCAACAUGGGAAAACAGCAGUCCUAUCACUGAAGAAAUCCGGCCCUGAACUUCCUGAGCUUCUGAACCAGUUCUCUGUUGGCAUUGCUGGGACUGGCCUCGCUCUUCUUUUUUCCGUCAUCUGCAGGGUAGCUUGUGGGAGGGUAACCUUCUGUGCAUCAAAACUGUUCAGCACCGGCAUCGGUUUUGGGCUGGUCUGGCUCUCUUGGGCAGUGAAUCAAUUGAAGGACACAGUUGUUUACAUUAGCAAGCAUGCAAGCAAGGUGGGUCUGAAGGAUGAGGAAAUAAUCAGUAGUGUGGAUAAAAGUUUUCGUGAGAUAUACUUAAGAGCUGCAACAGUGAUGGCAGUAGCGGUACUGAGGCUUGUAUGA